CUGCUUCUGCUUCUUGUGGCGUUUGCGUCGUCUGCAAUCCGCACGAUGACGACCGAGCCCGCUGUGAAACGUUCUCCUCGGGAUAUUUCUCUUCAUCGUUAGUUGAGAUUUUCGGUAUGCCAUGGAGGAAAGCCAGUCACUGCACGUAUGGGUGAAAAGGUGGGCCAGGAUGCUGUCACUGUGAACGGUUCAAGAUGGGUUUCAAACUCUUGCUAUGCCCCUGACAGUGACCACACAUUUCAUCCACAUUGGUAUUCUCGGAUAAAGUGCCACGAUGUCUUUUUGCAAUGAAAGCCUGCUGGAAGAAUGUAACUUGGUGGAGCCGGACGACACCAUUCAGGGCACAACUAGUCCCCCGUCCGAACCUGGAACUCCUCUCAUAUCGGUCACCCUGCGUGUAACUCUGGCUGCCAUCAUGAUCUUCAUGAUCACCAUUGGUUUCCUGGGCAACUCCAUCGUGUGUUUGAUUGUCUACCAGAAGCCGGCCAUGCGCUCCGCCAUUAACCUGUUGCUCGCCACGCUGGCCUUCUCCGACAUCAUGCUCUCGCUCCUUUGCAUGCCCUUCACCGCCGUCACGCUGGGAAACGCCGACUGGAGCUUUGGGAGCGGAUUUUGCCGCGCCUCCAUCAUGCUCUAUUGGCUUUUUGUCUUGGAGGGCGUGUCCAUACUGCUCAUCAUCAGCGUGGAUCGCUUCCUCAUCAUCGUGCAGCGUCAGGACAAGUUGACCCCACACAGGGCCAAGGUUUUGAUCGCGGGCUCGUGGCUGCUUAGUCUCUGCGUGUCCUUACCGUCCAUCGUUGGCUGGAGGACGGGCACGGCGGGAGUAGGCGACGUCUGGGUGCCGCAGUGCGUGCUGGGAUACAGCGAGUCCGUGGCCGAUCGCGCUUACACCGUCCUCCUGGCGGUGGCGGUCUUCUUUGCCCCCUUUUCGGUCAUGCUCUAUUCAUACAUGUGUAUCCUGAACACGGUGCGCCGCAACACCCUGCGCGUCCACAGCCACGCCAGCGAGCCCUCCUGCUUGCCGGCCCUCAACCAAGUCAGCAAAAUGAGACUCAUCGGGCUGCAGAGACCCCCGCAGAUUAAAGUGGACAUGAGCUUCAAGACCCGCGCCUUCACCACCAUCCUGAUCCUCUUUGUGGGCUUCUCUGUGUGCUGGCUGCCCUACACCGUGGUCAGCCUGCUGGCUGUCUUCAGCCGCCAGUUCUACUACAGCCCCGCUUUCUACCCAAUCAGUAUAGGCGCCCUGUGGCUCAGCUACCUGAAGACGGUUUUCAACCCCAUCAUUUACUGUUGGAGGAUCCGAAAGUUCCGGGAAGCCUGCCAGGAGUUUGUUCCCAAGAGCUGCCGCCUGUGUCCCAGGAUGGGCAGCCGCAGCCGAAGAAGAGUGCGACCCAGCAACAUCUACGUCUGCAGCGAGACUCAGUCGGCUGUGUGAAGGACACAAAAUGCCAUGGGAUUCUGACGUCGAUCUUUUGUUUUUGUCUCAGAUCAAUGGACGUGUGGAACGACCAUUGUGGACUAAAACAUUUUUGACUGGCUUAUGUCGUUCGAAUAAAAUUGUUCGGAUGUACUGCCAAGCAGUUUCAACGUAUUGACUAAGUCAAUUUAUCAGUGGGGCGGAGGCUCAUCGCUAAAAACGGCCUUUUUUUUCCGAUAACGUCACGAGGUAUUGACUUGUGCAUGCACAAUUAUACCCAUGAGCAAGUCAGCUCAUGAAAUGAUACAUGAACGAGGUAAUGACUUGCACAUUUGCGAUUGUGUGCAUGUGCAAAUGACAUCAAAUGUUUUUAGUGUGCAGCCUACGUUUUACCACUACAUUCGAACGACUUAACCAAACACGUUCAAACGACUUUGCCAGGACAUCUGGACAACUUUGCAGUACGUUCAAAUGUCACAGGCCAGUAAAAAAAAUGUUUAGUCCACAUUGGCAAUUCCACACGGAUCUGAUAGCCAACAUGCAGGCAAAACAAAUUCAUCUCGUCCAAUGUCAACAUCUCUUGUUUGUGAACUUUGCAUCAUUGGUGAGUUGUCGUUAUGUACAAUGAGUCACUGAGGCGUUAAUGGACGAGCAUUAGACUGACUGAGUGAUUGUUAUUAUUUCAAAUGUUAUUUUUCAUGGUAGAAUCUUGCUAUAGGGAGAGACUGACUUCGGUGCAGACACGGUGAUGGUGUGAAUGGGAAUGUGUAAAUGGGUGUGUGUGUCUCUAUGACGUGCCCUGAGAUUGACUGGCGACCAGAUUUCGGUCUGCCUUUGGCUGGAAGUCCCCAGGGCCAGGUUUAAGCUCACCCAUGACUCAAAUGAGGAAAAAUGGUGUGGGAAAAUAGAUGGAUGGAUGAAUCUCUCGAUGAAUGUUUCAUACUGUUGGACCAAUGUUGAGAAAGGAUUUUGUUCGGGCCGGACACCCUUGACUUCAAAUUACCAUGA